GAACAAACAGAGCUGCUCUGCUCAUCGCUGAACCCACCGGUACACCACCACCACCACCACCCCACAGCUGCAGCAGCAUUCCAAGAAACCUCUCCGACUCCGCGCGCCGCUGCAACUGCAACUGAUCGCGCAACAAGGCACCACACCAGUGUACUGUAGUCAUCAUGGCCCCAGCCGAGAGAUCCUGCACGAUCGGCCGCUUCGCCGCGGACGAGGCGGCCCCGCCGGAGACCCUCCACGUAGUGCGGCUGCAGCGGCUCCGCCUCCGUCGCGCGGCGGAGGGAUGCCUCGACCCCAUCGCCGAGGAGGACGACUACGCUGGCAGCAGCAGCAGCAGUGGCGGCGAAGACGACCACGAUGGCCCCGCCGGCUCGCCCAUCGCCCACGGCAGCAGCAGCAGCGCCACCGUCGACCUUGCCCAAAGUUUUCGCUGAUAGGCCAGAUCAACUAGACACAGUGUUUAGCAGUAUUAGCAGAAUUUCAUUUAUGAAACCACUAAGGAAAUUUUGAUGACUAA